UCUACAGCGACCCACUCUAAUGUAAGGCAGACAGCUUUUUUUCUUUCGAUUCUCAUCUUGAUUCCAAUCGACAGCCAAACUCGGAGUGCCAAUGGCCUAUACGAUCUUCUUCUUACUGUUCAUACACGGCGUGUGAAUUUUUUGUCAAUUACCUUUCCUAAUCACGUGUUUGUCAUUGGCCCGAAGAGGUGGAUUUAUGACGCGGUUGAUUCGCUCCAAUCACCGUGUCACCUACUGUCACUCGGUCACUUUUCAUCCCUUUCCCUCAUUGCACGAAUUCGGGCCGGGUAAGGUCAAAAACUGUCUUCACACGCGCGCCAUACUCGUAGGAAAACAUGACAGCCUUGGAGGAGAGGCCGAGUGAGCCAAGUCUGCCAUGGCGGAUGGCGUCUUCGGCUAUAAUGGGCCUCACUGGUGCCAUCUCUAGAGCCUUCCUAUACAGCUUUCAUGACGUUCAGACCGAGAACCAAGCUCGUUUCUUAGAAGUUCUAGACAAGCGUCGAGCCGAAACCCCUGAGCGUGGCCUCAUCACUGUAUCAAACCACAUCAGCGUUUUAGAUGACCCCUUGAUUUGGGGUGUGCUGCCGCUUAAGUACAAUAUGUACUGUCUGAGUGCGAGAUGGGGUCUAGGGGCUCAUGACAUCUGCUUCAAGAACCGUGCCUUUAAAACAUUCUUCACACUCGGCCAGGUCUUGCCGACAUAUCGCUUGCUGCACUCACCCUAUGGCGGCUUAUUCCAACCCACCAUGACCCAGGCGAUUCGCUUAGUAUCCGGCCCUGGAGCACUGUUUCCUUUCAAAGCGGCCUUUGAAGCUGGGAACAACGAGACCUUCUCCGCGCCCACCUUCUACAGAAGCAAACACGGCGCGUGGGUUCACGUGUUCCCAGAAGGCUGUACACACCAGAACCCCGAACGGACCCUCCGAUACUUCAAGUGGGGUGUCUCACGGUUGAUUCUCGAAUCCGACCCGGCUCCCCAGCUCGUUCCCAUGUUCAUCGACGGUUUCUCAGACAUCAUGCCAGAGGACAGGAAAUGGCUGCGAUUCCUUCCACGCAUCGGUGCCAAGAUCCGCGUCUUUUACGGCGAGGCCCUUGAAGUGGGCGAGGCUUUCAAAGAGCAGCGUCAAAAGUGGAAACGCAUUGUGCAGAAAGAAGUGGAGGCCCGAGGCAAACCAUUGAGCGUCGGGGAAGUACCAGAGUCCCUGAAGAACCAUCCUGAAGCGAUUCAGCUGCGUAUAGAGGUCGCCAAGACUGUCAGAGACAUGGUACAAGAGUUGAGGAUAAGUGCGGGUUAUCCUCGAGACAACCCGGCAUACGCUCUCGCCGAGACAUGGGAGCGCGAGCCCAAGGACAAGCAAUUCAAGAGUCCUGUAGAUGACAGCCUGGUUCACAAAGAAUAACGACACUUCGACUUGAAUGGCGGCUCAUAGAGGGCACGCCAUGUAUAUAAUCUUCUACACCUUGUAAAAAUACAAUAAGCGGAACUCUUGGAA